UCGGCUCCCCGCAAAUACGCAAAUACACACACCACUGCACGCUGUGUAGUAGCUUGUACGACCCUCCUUUCCCCAAGGCUGCUCUGUGGCAACGGCCCACAGCAGCAGCAGCAGAGGUGUCCAGCGCAGCGCACGCUACCUCGUCGCUGUCGCUGAAUCGGUCACGUAGCUCCGUCUCAACCCUGGAGCGACACACACUGCGGGACAAUAGCUCACGGGACGACUGACGUCGGUAGUAGGCUGUGGCGCAGCGCGAUGCAGCAGCUUGGCGAGCGAGAGGCCGUCCUGGCACUAGCCAUCACCCUGCCUCUAGGCGCACUGGUGCUCGGGUUCUGCAAAGGGAGGCGAUCGCGGUCAAGGGGGAGGUCAAUGAGCUUUGGCAGCGGCUACAUGUCCAUCGGGAGCUGGCCGCAGGAUAUCAAGAUGAACGAUCCUAUCAUUACCGCCUUCAUGUUUCUGGAUGGGGUUCCGAAGCUGGCGGAUCUAGAGGAGGUGUGCUCGAAGGUACUGCGAAAUGAGAACUUCAAGGCGCUUCCUGUUCGGCGUGCCUGGUCUUACUCGACGCGGUUUGAGUGGCGCGACAUCGAGGUGAAGCCAUCGGAGGUGAUAACGUCGGUGAAAGCCAAGGGGUCGGCGGCGGUUCUUGCGGAGAUGGACAGAGUCAAGGACGCUCCGCUGCGGCAGGCGACCUUCGACGGCAGAGAGCUGCCGUUAUGGGGUCUGCACCUGAUUGAGAACACGGCUGAAGGCGAAGCUGGGGUAGGGGCUGCUGUCUUGGCCCUCAGGGUUCACCACACGCUGGGGGAUGGCAUGUCCUUGGUGGGGGUGAGCCGCAGUGUGUUGGAGGCGGCAGGUGGAGGAGAGCUAGGGGCGGGCUUGAACGGCAGUUCCGCGGCGGAGGCUGUUGUGAAGCCAGCUAACAGGGGGCUGUCCAACUUCAGCGCGGGAAAGAUUCUGCAGGGAAUCCGAGACGUUAUCGUGCUCAGCUCCUCUGGCCCGGACACCCCGUUGCCUUUCGGCCACUUCGAGGCACCGCUCAAGGGCGGGGCAGCGGCGGCUCACCCACCUCGCAAAGGGUUCUUCAGGUCCCUGUUUGGCCCCAAGCGAGGGUCGUUCAGCGGGAGGAGGCGCACGGUCUUGCUGCCGGACAUACCCCUGACGCUGGUUAAGAAAAUGAAGGACGUUUCCGGCACCACCGUGAACGACGUCGUCAUGACCCUUAUCGGGGGGUGCAUCCGGCGCUAUUCCCUGGCCAAUGGCGAUGCUGCAGGCAACUCCAUUGGCGGGCCGGGGUUUCGAUCUAGGGCGUUGAUUCCGGUAGCCCUACCUAGGUCCUCUUCCCCCCCCUCGGGAGCCAUCCUCUGCAACAAAUGGGCGUUUGUGUCGAUGAACCUGUCGAUGGACGAGGCAGACGCCGCGACUCGCUUGCAAGAGCUCAAGGCCACCACGACGGCGAUCAAGACCAGCCCGACGCCAGGCCUUCAGUACCUCAUGCAAACCCACAUCAUGCCGCACCUGCCUCUGUGGCUGUGCAGGGAGAUGGUGCACGGCGCUCUGGCGACACACACGGUGACGGUGUCCAACGUCCCUGGUCCCCAGGAGCCCGUGAGACUCGCGGGAGUCGGGAUCAAGAGGAUCCAUUUCGCGUUCUCGAACAUCAUGCCACAGGUGGGUGUCGUGAGCCUGGACGGCAAGGUAUCCAUCAACUUCGUCGUCGACCCUAUCUCUGUCCCAGACAGCUUCACGCUGUCGGCCCACUUCCUCGACGAACUAGAGGCCCUCGCGGCUGGUCUGGGCGUGGAGAUCUCCGGAGACAUGUCGGCGCUAAGGACGCAGGCAGACGAGCUCACCCGUGUGAUGGAAGCCGCUCUGACUGCCCCGAUGUCGUACUAGACAUUACAACCGUUUUUUGGCGUGUGGGCCACGCACAGCAGUGCCUUCAAGUCAGCGAGCGGCGAACCGUGUUCGUUCAGCGGCACGUCCUAGAGAUCAACGCAUCGGAGCUAUGUAUGGCACCUGGAAGGUCUGUGAUGAGCGAACGGUGGAAUGUGUACGUGUAGCGGCAAGUCCCACGAGAAGUAAAUCUUUCUCUGGGUAUACCGAGUCCCGAUGUAGUAUCGUAUGCCGCGGCGGGAAGGUGUACGGUGUAUGAUAUGAGGUAUGUACACGUCGUUGGGGUCGCACAGGCAGGUGCUCGAGCGCAUGGAGAAGGCAGCAUUGCCGCGUUUUUGUCUCUGGAGGCGUGCCAACCUGAUUGAAAAGUGGAGGUGGGGGGGAUCGGUGCUGGCCCCGGGCGAAGGCAAGCGACCGCUCAUUACACCAUGUCCUUCGUAGGCACAGAGGGUGCCACUGAUAACUGCGACGAUAGAGGAUGGAAGUUUGCUCUUUGGCGUGCGCGCGAUUGCUUUUCCUUUGGGAGCUAAACCAUGGAAGUGUCUUCGAUUUUCUUUGCCGUGAAUGCCCUCAUGGUACGGACUAGGGGUUGCCAAUCUCUGACCGGGGACUACUAUGGUGUUGAUUGAUGGCUAACUGCUCUGGCCCAUCUUUGUGUGACGCCACAGCAGUAUACUUCGCUGCCAUCACGAAUUCCAUCGUGACUGUGGGCGACCAGGUGUGUUAGAUGAACUAGGUGCAUUCAUGGCUGCUGACAAUUCAUUCCCACGUACUGUGGACUGUGCCAUGGUACGCCCACAGCCUCUUUUCCAGUACAGGAGGAGUUAAAAGUCAUUCAGUCGCGGUUGUAUCGAUUGCCUGGUUCAAUAGAAAAGAGAAAAAACAGGAUGAAGCUCGAACUCACAAGGUAAAGUCCUGGAAGUAAGGCCCAACUAGGAUGUACUACUGCUGAAAAGCGCGAUGACUGCGCUGACUCGCGGUCCAGUGGUCACUGUGGUUGUCCACAGAAUGCAGCGAAAUAAAUCCACCACCCCCUUUUUUCGACUGUGGUGUGCGCCGUGAAUGGUAUUUGCAGAAGCUGCUACCACUGAUGUAAUAGCAGUAGCAAGCAGUGACGAACUAGUUCACUAGAUUACACCUGCAAUUUACUGCGUGUGGUGGGAGUUUUCGCUUAAAGGGGCAAUGAUUGGGAGCUCUAUUGAUGUUGCGCUUGUUGCCCGUGCAAGCGGCAUGUACUUCGUCUGGUGUUGACUAUAGUCGAGAGGGGACAAGCAGAGUGAGAAUGGGAGUGAGAUGUCUGUUGCUGAUGCUGUGAUCUGUGAUUCAUCGUCGAGCCGAACGCAGCUCAAC